AUGUCUUAAUUAAGAGUUGUUUUAUUAGGAGUCCUUGGCAAUGGAAAAACAUCUUUAUUUAAUAAAAUUACUUCAGCAAAUGAACCUGUAACUUAUGGAGGAAAAUCAGUCACAAAAUAAAUUGUUAUUGGACAAUCAAUGCAUGGAGAAUUUGAAAUUGUAGAUACACCUGGAUUUGAAGCAAGAGAAGAUAAAUUACUACAUGCAGCUGGAGUUAUUGCAGCUUUAUCAUAAGGAAAUGUUAAUAGAAUACUUAUUGUUGUUAAAUGCGAUAGAACAGAUUUGAUGAUAAAGAAUAUUAAAAAAAUAAUAGGUACAAUAUAGAGAUACAGAGAUUUUAUAACUAUUGUUGUUUCCUAUUGGGAUGAACUAAAAAGAAAUUAUAUUCAAAAUUAAAAAAAAAUAGAAGAGCUAAAAUCAGAAUUAAAAUAAGAGAUUCUAAACAAUUUUAAUGUUUCUUCUGUUAUAUUUUCUUCAAUUGAUGAUGAUCCUAAAACUAUCACUAAAGACAUUAUAAACAUUAUUGUUAAUUCUCGAUUUACAAAUAUUAAAUUAUUAGAAUCAGAAAUUUAUAGUCAAUUUGAUUUAUUAAGUUUAGAUGAUGAUAACGAAAAAGAAUAUAAUUCAUUUAUGAAUAAAAUUAAAAAUGCAUUUCGAAAAAUAUCACUAAAUUGUAUUAAGUAUAUAAAAAAAUAAAAUGUUAAUGAUCCUGAUUUAAUAGAUAAAUUACAUUUCUUAACAUUAGCAAUUAAAUAAAUAGCAAAUGAAGAGGUUGAAAAAUUUGAAAUUAAAUACGGAGAGUAUAUGAAUGAAUUAUAUGAUACAGAUGGCAUCAAUAUUUAAUAUUUAAAUCAUAUUUAUCUGAAAAAAGAAAUUAGUUAUGAUCUUGAAAGGGUAAUUAUGGAAGCAUAAAAAAAAAUGAAAGAAUCUAAGAAUCAUUGUUUUAACUGGAUAAAAUAAUGUCCAUUUUGUGGAUUAGUUUGGAUAAAAGUUAUUGGUUGUGAUAAUGAAACUACAUGUGGAAAUAGAGUUAACUCAGACUAUGAUGAUUUAUUAACAAAAGUUAAUCUUGAAAAUAAAUUUAAAAUAAUUGUAAAAAAUAACUUAAUAGAUAUUGAGAUUGAAUAAUCAAAUCAAAAUUAAUGUGAGUAAUCUUCAGAAAUAGAUUCUGAUCAAUUCUAUUUAAAAAACUUAUAUAUGCUAUAUAAUUCAGUCAAAGAUGAUGUGAUUUUUUAAAAUUAAUAUGGAACGAUUUUCGACAUAAAUACUUUUCAUUAAUUAAUUUGUAGUUUAAUUGAUCUAACCUUCUUUCGACAAUUUUGCCUUAAUAUUAAUGAUUUAAAUAAAAUAGAAUCUCAAAAUUAAUGGAAAUAGUUUCUAUCAUAAAAUGGUUAUUAUAGCCAGAUUCAAGAUAAAUCUUUGGGUUGCGGAAAAAAAAUUGUGUGGAAAGAUUUGCCUCCUCUAAGUGGACCAUUAUUAAAAGAAUUACUAUCAACAGAACUAAUUGAUUACUUUAAUGAUUAAGAAUAAUUAUUGAAAGAUGAAGCAAAUGAUAUUGCAAAAGAACUUGAGAGAACAUAUAAGAACCUUGUUAAUUAAGCAAUUAAGGAAUAAUUAAAAAAUGUUAAAGUAAUACCUAAGCAAAAAUAGUAAACCUAAGAAUAAUAACAAUAAGAUCCAUAAUAAUUUUAGGAAGGAAAUAUAGUUGAAAAUUAUAAAGUUCUAAUUAAUAAAACAAAAUAAGAGUAAUUAAAUGUAAAACGAAGAUACAGUAUUAAAAUGAUGACAGAUGAAAAUAUCUAUUCAGAGGCUGAAACUAAUGAUACUUCUCGUACACAAAUACAAUAAUGA